UUUAAAGUGUUUCCACUUUUACCAAAAUGGAGAAAAAGAAAGACUGCUACCAAAACUUAUCUGGAAGUAACAUUUUAUUUGUAUUCGUCAUGAAAGUUGCACUGUCCGGAACAUUGCGAUAGCUUAGUGCUCGGAACACGCACAAGCCUACGGCACCAGGUGACAUCUUCAAAACCACAUACAUUGAAAGAAGAAAUGGCGUCGCAACCAAGAUGCAGGAACAGUAGGAAGGUAAAGCGAGAAUGGAGCUCCAGCUGGAAUACCAGGAUGAAAGAGAUUGUUGGCCUUCUUCCUAUCUUUAUGCCAGCCAAUGGGCGUGUGCUCACUAAGAAGGAGACCCUGGUCCACAUGCUGCAGUAUCUGGACUUCCUCCACAACUACAUCCAGAGCUUCCAUAGGAGGCAGCCUCCUCGCUGCUUCCCACGGACCCAAGAGAGAGAGAAUUGUGGGUACCUGUCUUCGGCUGCUCCAGCGGAUCCCUGCUUUGUCUUUUCGGAUUGCAGAGUCAGUCAGAACAGUAGCCCCAGCAGUGGGAUACUGGACUCCCCCCCAAGGUCAUCAUGGUCACUGUUGCUGAGAGACCACCUGCUGGACUCACCUAUUGCCCAAGGCUCCUCACCCAGAUAUGGCUUUAUGCAGCCCCUGCAGGCUGUCUGUGAAACUGAACAAGGCCUGAACCUCAGUCCCUCCCUCCUCACCUCCCCUGCCCAUGGACUCGAACAUCUUCUGCCUCAGGGCCAGGAGCUGCAGGUACUGUUUGAAGAUGUAUGGGUCACCCCCAAAUCCAGCUCCCCCAAGGUGCCCAGCCUACCAUGUAAUUCCUCAAUGGAAAAGCUGGCUGAGAAGCAGGGAUCAACUAUCUCGUGAGAGGGUACUACCAUGGACGUGGUCAUUUCCUCUGGCACGAGAACCUCUGUCUCAGUCUCAUGACCAAAGUCUUGAGCAGCACUAUCAACCACAAACGGAGGCUCGACACUUGGUCUCUCUUUCAGAAAUGGAUCAAGGGUGCAGGCUUCUUUUAUAAAUUAAUGUUCUAUGUGGUUACAGAACAUAAAAAACAUAAAAAGUAACUUAUAAGUUUGGUUUAUUCCUUUUUAUA